GCAGAAAUAGGGGGAGGUGUGGUGAGGUGCGGCGCUUGUCUAAACGCAACGACGCUGGUGCUCAGCAGGAAACGUUUGGAGAUGGAUACAUGCACAGAAUGAGUGAAUAUAGCCAUUGCAUAUGAAAGAGAAAACGUCUGUUCUGUGCGUUCCUCAAUCCCCGUGAAGGUGACAACGGUGGUCGCGCCAUAGGACGCUGCAGGGACCACCUCUCCUUCUACCCCGCGAGCUGUCCUAUUUAUCCCCCGUCUUCGUUUGCGUACCGAGGGAGAGACCUAACGGAUUCGCUUGGAACUGAGUCUGUUCCUCUCCCAUCUCCGCGCCGCAAAUAUCUGUCAGAAUGGCCCUUACAAUUUGUACGAGAUUUACCGAUGAAUACCAGCUAUUUGAAGAGCUUGGGAAGGGGGCAUUUUCGGUGGUCAGACGAUGUGUGAAGAUUUCGUCGGGUCAGGAGUAUGCUGCCAAGAUCAUCAACACGAAGAAGCUCUCAGCCAGAGAUCAUCAGAAACUGGAGAGAGAGGCCAGGAUUUGCCGUCUUUUGAAACACCCCAACAUUGUGAGGCUUCAUGAUAGCAUAUCUGAGGAAGGCUUCCACUAUCUGGUCUUUGAUUUGGUCACUGGAGGGGAGCUGUUUGAAGAUAUUGUUGCCAGAGAAUACUACAGUGAGGCUGAUGCCAGCCAUUGUAUUCAGCAGAUCUUGGAGAGUGUUCAUCACUGCCAUGUAAAUGGAAUCGUCCACAGGGACUUGAAGCCAGAGAACCUGCUUCUGGCGAGCAAGCUAAAAGGUGCAGCAGUGAAGCUGGCCGACUUCGGACUGGCCAUUGAGGUGCAGGGAGAUCAGCAAGCAUGGUUUGGCUUUGCUGGUACUCCAGGAUACCUGUCUCCCGAGGUGCUGAGGAAGGAUCCGUACGGAAAACCAGUGGACAUGUGGGCCUGUGGCGUGAUCCUGUACAUCCUAUUGGUGGGCUACCCCCCAUUUUGGGACGAGGACCAGCACCGCCUGUACCAACAAAUCAAGGCUGGGGCUUAUGACUUUCCCUCUCCUGAGUGGGAUACAGUGACUCCCGAGGCCAAAGACCUGAUCAAUAAGAUGCUGACUAUCAACCCCUCCAAGAGGAUCACCGCCACGGAGGCCCUGAAGCACCCAUGGAUCUGCCAACGCUCCACAGUGGCCUCCAUGAUGCACAGACAGGAGACCGUGGAGUGCCUGAAGAAGUUCAAUGCCAGGAGGAAACUGAAGGGAGCUAUUUUGACUACUAUGCUGGUCACUAGAAACUUCUCAGCCAAGACUCUGCUGAACAAGAAGGCAGACGGCGUCAAGGUUAACAACAAAACCAACAUAGCCACCAGCCCUAAAGACACAGCUGCCCCGGCACUGGAACCCCAGACGACCGUGAUCCACAACCCAGUUGAUAGGAACAAGGAGUCCACAGAGAGUGCUAACACUACCAUUGAGGACGAUGACCUGAAAGCCAAGCGCUUUGGAAGCCUCAGCAUAAACUCUCUCUGGCAGCCCAAGCCCCGCUCCCCAACCACAGAGGCCGGGCAGGUACCCACCUCCUCGGUCCAGACUUGCCAAGUUAUCAAUAAAGCUCGUAAGCAGGAGAUUAUCAAAGUGACUGAGCAACUGAUUGAGUCCAUCAACAAUGGAGACUUUGAGGCCUAUGCGAAAAUCUGCGACCCUGGAUUGACAUCAUUUGAACCAGAAGCCCUGGGCAAUCUGGUGGAAGGCCAUGAUUUCCACAGGUUUUACUUUGAAAAUGCUCUGUCCAAAGGGAACAAGCCAGUCCACACCAUCCUGCUGAACCCGCACGUGCACCUGAUCGGCGAGGACGCCGCCUGCAUCGCCUACAUCCGCCUGACCCAGUACAUGGACGCCAGUGGCAUGCCCCGCACCAUGCAGUCCGAGGAGACCCGCGUGUGGCACCGCCGCGAGGGCAAGUGGCAGAACAUCCACUUCCACCGCUCCGGAGCGCCCAGCGUGCCUGUCAAGUAGGGGCGGCCAGAGCAGAGCGACGUGGCACUGUGCUAACCACGCCCCUGUCAGGAAGUCCACCCUCCACUCCGGUCUUCAUUUACCUCCUAUAUACUAGAUAUCCAUCCAUCUCUUUCUUUCUUUCUUUCUCUCUCUUCCAGUCUCUCUCUUGCUAUCUCUGUUCUCCCCCUUUCUCUCUCUUUCUCUCUCUUUCUCUAAUAUUCUCUAUUCCUCUCUUUCUCUCCCACUGUCCCUGGUCCAUUUUCCUCUCUUUUGCCUACUCAUUGGUUGCGUAUCAACAUACUCUGAAUAUUGCCAACUCUAUGAAUCCACCCACUCAAAUAGCCAGACGGUCAUAUCAGGUGGGAUUUGAGUUCAUUAGGUAAACAAAUGUUAGAAGAGAUAGAAGACGUAGGCAUGGUAUGAAUAUGACAUUUGAUUGCAUUACAUUUGAGUACAUAGUUAGGCAUGAUUGGGACUGAUUUGGACAUGUGAGGCUUUAAUAUGUGUUUUUCAAAGGUAAACACAUUUAAAUAUGGUCAGAUAUUCAAGUUAUGAGGUAUUUGGAAGAAGAGGACAGUGGGUCAUCAUUUUUUAUCGUUUAGAAUAUUUAUACAUAUCUGGCCUAUUUGUUUGUCCUGUGGUCAGUUUCUUACCAUAUUAUAGUCUGCAUAAGAUUUGUUGCUGUAUCUCUUACUCGCCCUCUCCCUCUCCCUCCAUAUUCACUCUACUCCGAUAUCCAUGUCUUCUUUUGCUUGGAGGAGCUUUGUCACUGAACUGUAGCCUUUGGGGAAAGUAAAAAGCAAGUGCUUCCCAUUUGCAUAAUCAUCUCUCAUUUAUUACGAUUAAAGGAAAUCUCUUUUUGUCCGUAUUUUGUAGUUAAUAAUUGGUUACAAAUGCUUCUGUUUACCCGCCCGGUUGAAGACAGCCACCAACAAAAUAAUCAUGGCCAGUCUGCCACAGGAUGGCGCUGUUUCUCAGCCGCUCUUUCCCCUUGUCCUGCCCCUUUCUUGUCAUGAGGGUCGUUUACACCCAAAUCGCACAGGACCAGAGUGUCAAGAAAUUUUUUGAAAGGACAUCACUUUCUCCACAAGUGGGCCAUACGCAUAUUUGGACAUUAUCAAAAAGAGUGUAUUUUUAACACAUUAGUUUGUUUUUGUUCAUGGUUAUUUUUAACAAGCUGUUUUGGUAUGCAUUUUAAAUGUAUAGAUAUGUCUGUUAUGUAUUUUUAUGUCUAUGUGUGUGUGUGUGCAAUACAAACAAUUUGAAAGAUAAGAAUGUUAAUAUUGAGCUUGCUAUUGUUCUGGUGAUGUACAUAUGUUGUGGUUGUUUAAAAAAAAAUAUCUAAAUGAGCAUUCAACUGAUAUCCUCGCUUUCAGCCAAGCUAUGAUUUUAGUAAAUGCAAUCCACAGGCGAUGUUUUACUUUUUGCUAGCUUACAAUGUUUGGAACGAAAUUCCAACAGAGAAACUUAUUGUAAAGGGUAGUUCAACUGCAGACCGUUUGCAGAUGUUGUAUGUUUACCUUUACACUGUUGCAUAUUUUAAAAAUUAAAGAUAGGAGAAUGUAGCAUAUAUAAUAUAUAUCAAAUUGACAAAUUCAGUCAUGCAUGGGGGGCUAUUUCCAAGUGUUAUAUAUUUAUUAUUUAAUUUGUUUUUGUUUUUUUAAUUGUGGAUAUAAUGGUCUCCCGAUGGAAACAACUUUUUUAUUUUCAGUAUCAUCUGACAAUAGCAACACUACUGAUAACGAUAGCUGUACUAUCACAUCUCCAGCACAAAUAAUCAAUCAUAAGACUGUAGCUAAUUUUUACCUUUUGUCAGUUAUUGUAGGUCAAUUUCGUCUUUAUUACUAUUCUACAUUCAAAUGGCACAAGGAGAGACGCUCAUUGACUCUCAAGCCGCUGUUCUACUUCUGUUUGUUGCCAUGCAGUAUGUCAACCUCCUGCUAUGUGAUUCUGGAGAGAGGAGAGGAGAGGAGGCCAAGCCCUCAUGUCUAGCAUGCACACUGCCCUUGUAGCGCUCUCGUGUCUCAGCGCCAACCAGUAGGAGAAGAGAAGAGAAGAGAAGAGCGGGGGUGUGUCUCGUGCACUGAUGUCAGAAUGGUCUUCCUUGAUGAUAAACCAGGAGCUUUAACCUCUGGUGCUCUCGUGUCAGUAGGACUAUGCCGAAACCAUCGUCGUCAUUUUAUUUUGUUUUCCUUUUAAUGUACUGUACUUUUUCCUUUUCUUCUCUUGAGGGUUAAGAAUUCCUAUGCUGAAAGUUGCACCGCCACAAGGGCCAAUUUGGAGACAAUAGAGUAAAUAAUUUGCUGCCAUGGUGGCGAUAGAAAUUAAACAUAUUUAAGACGUAAUAAAAUUAAAGGUGUGAUAUUUA